GUGAAGGCAGCAUCAGCGUCGACGACGCAUUCGCUGGCUGAGAUUGGAAAUCGUUGCAAAAAGGCGACUGUAUUCAUGCAAAGACUGAGACAUGAUGCCGAUAGCGAAUGGCAUACGGAGGCACGGAGUUUCAGAUCGCUGUUAUAGUGGGCGAUGCAGUUGUAUAAGAUUCGCCGACGCAGAAGUCAAAGAAAAGAGUCUUUUUACAACAACAAUAGAACAAGAAGCUGUCGCAGCACGAGAAAAUACUCGAACAAACCAAGGACGCGACGUGUGGACAGCCAAGAGUUUUAGUGAAAGUGACUACUAUGGAGUCGACAGAUGCCGUUGUGUGGGGCCGCUCCAAAUCCAUACCCUCCCGUCUUCCUGCCUUAUUCGCACCAAGCGCCGCUGCCGCGUUGCGCACUGCCUCACGGCCAGGAGGUCAUCGCACCAACGCAGCAAACUCACAUCCGUUGUCCAACUUUCAAAACAUACCCCUAGUCUCCAAAGCGGCCAUCAGCGGAGCUGGCCAGCGCGCGCAGAAGUCCUUCGACGUGGCUGGUGCGGACAAACAGGAAAUCGCAGGAUCUUCAAGACCAGCUGGAAGAGGCUCAGCGCCAGGGAGCUGCUUUCAGCCGAGAUUCCCAGAGCAAGUGCCACCAUUGUCAGCCCGAUCUUCGAAAUCCGUAUCGCCAUUGGAACCGACGGAAGCGCCGAUUAUCGUGCAGAGCCAGCGUGGGCAGGACUCUUCGUCCGGAGCGCUAUUGAUAGGCGGUGGUGGAUCAGGCACAGCAUUGCCCUUGACGACAAAAGGGCAGCUUGUGCCGGGUCAACUGCGGUUGCCGGUGCGGGCAGCAGAUCGCGAGCAGCGAGGACCGCUGUCGGCACGGAGGCUGAAGGCAGCGCAGUCUGCGGAGCACGGUCAGCUGCGAGUCGUCGGAGGCUUGCACGGAUCGCGUAGUUGUCACGGCUCCCGCAGCCCGCGCGAAGGAGCAACUGCACGCGCGUCAGAUCAGAGCGUCUCGGAUCGAGAUCAGCCGCGUGGCAGCGCAACCACACCACACAUUCAAACGGGUCCACGCUCCGCGGCCUUUGCACCGCCUACCGUGAGCCGCAAAGACGUUUCGACGAACGCCGCGAACAGAGUUUCAGGGCUGGCACGGGCAAACAUAAAACUGUUAUCGGUGAGUGGGAACCGUGCUGCGCAAUCCCAAUCCUCUGUUCCGACGCCGCGUGAGCAGCGCCAAGCUCCACGCCGGCCGACGUCGGCACGGCAACGAACAGAUCAGUCAACAUUAUCGGCAUUAGCAUCGGCGCGGGUCACCGAACAAGACGCUGCCGCGUCGGUCGCGAGAUUCUCUGCGCGAACCAACACGGAGGAACUGAAAAGUACUGCUAGCAGCAUCCAGGAUUCGCAACUAGAGUAUCCGGAAGGCGGAGAGACGGAAGACGGCAGCUGCACUGCUCGCACCGCCAGUGUGAACGAAAACGACGAGGGUUCUGGAAGUGCCUCCACCGCGACGCUGGACCCAGAGGAGGCUGCCGCGCGCGCCGCCCGCCGAGCGGCAGGGCGCGUACGCAAAAAUGGCACCUCGCGCCGCAAUAGCGCUUCGGGUAUCGUCUUAUUGACCUACUACUCGAAUGGAGGCUCCAGUGGUUCGUCCGCCCGGACGUCGUCUGCGGCAAUGGUCGCCCCCGGGUCAUCCUCGUCCUCGGCCUCUAGCUCUGCCGCGAAUCCAAGGGCCCUGCCGUCUGGAUCUGCCGGACAGGGGGGUGCAGGACGAGGCUCUCGGUCGCGACGCGGCAGUGUGGGUCCAAAAGACCGAGGUUCGGAUGCGAAAACGGCAGAGCGUGACGAGCGCAAGAAGCUUCGCAAGCAGCAGAAGGAGCGGGAGAGGCUGCGGAAACAGCAGACCGACGCAAUCGCAGGCAUUGGAGAGACUCUAAAGAAAUUUGUCGAAGAACAGAUUGCUUCAGUUGCAGCUGUGCUUCGACAGAAUUCAGAUCUAGAACGAGAGUUCGCAGAAUUCGUUUCACUUGCGC